UUUCCUCCAGUUCCUUCCAGCCUCUGGUAUAAAGUGAUCAAAUAGUAAAUCCAGAAAUUACGAUUACUCUUGUGUUCAUAGUCUGUUGUGUCACUCCAACCAUGAGACUCAUCUUUCAAGCUUGUUCAAUGAUCAUCACACUGGGCAACCUUGUGGCUUCUCAAGCACAGUCUUCUGGUUUGGAAGAUGCCAUCAAGACCAAAAUAAUCAAUUUCAAUAAUGAGAAGAUGCAGAUCACAUGGACAGCAAGAGAGCUUUUUCGCAAUGAGAAUGUGUCAUUUUCUUACACAUUUGAUGAAGGCAAGCACAAAGUUUGGAAGCCAUGUCCCAAGUAUUUAUUGGAUCAAGAUUAUAAUUUUGGGUGUCUUUUUAAGACAGAAGGACCCACCCUUGCCAUCUCUAUUAGGAACAGCAAUGGAAGUGAAGAGCUUUUUUCUAAAAAAUUAAAAUCUGAUUUUUAUAUAAAGCCCAAUCCACCGGAAAAUGUGACCUUCUUCUGGAAAGAGGACACAGUUACUGUGAGCUGUAAUAAACCAGAGAGAGCUGUGAAGUGCUUGAGACUUGAGCUUCAAUACAAAAGCACAUUUGACAAAGAGUGGCAAUCCAGAACUUCCAGAUGUUGCCGUGUUGGAGAUCAAGGCUUUGAUUCAAGGAAAUGCUAUUCUUUCCGGGUCAGACUGAAGAGACUAGUACCCCACUGCAACGUAGUUAAUUACAGCAGUGACUGGGAAGCAGAAACAUUUUGGAAGAAUGGCACUUUAUUAGAUUCAUGUGAUGAUGAUAGAACAUCUCAGUCAAACACAGUAAUUGUUUUAAGUUGCUUGCUGGCAGUACUUCUGAUGAUGAUUAUCCUCCUGAUUCUUCUGUGUAAACGGCAGAGGCUUCAGAUGUCAGUCAUGCCUGCUGUACCAGAUCCAAAAUACAUAUUUGCUGAUCUCUUAAAUGAUCAUAAUGGAAACUUCCAGGAAUGGCUAGACAAAACUGAUCAUGUGGUGCUUCAAACCAAGCUAGAAUAUGAAGAGCCAGAGUGCAUCACUGAGGCAGAAAGCCAACAAGAAGAUGAAAAGAACAGUGGCAAACAGGGGCCUUAGGAAAAAAUCUUCACUUUUUCAGGAAUGGCUGAAAAUAGUGACCUCAAAGCAGCUCAGAUUACCUGCCUGAUACCAGCAUCCAACACUAUAGCUUCUUUUGCUGGCUUCCAUAUUUUAAUGAAUGAUGACAUGUAUGUGACUUUAUAAAAUCUGCACAAUGCAGGUGUUAGGAAAUUACAUAAAAGAUCCUGUUGAGUUUAGGGGAGUGACUGAAUAGAAAAGAUCAUUACGAUAAGAUUCGCUUCAACAAAGGCACUGGGCUGUUAUCUCUUUUUGGAUCUGUACUUUCCCAACAAUUGUGAUAACUUGGGCAGACUCAGUGUUUGAAGCAAACUCCUGAUAAUUUAUAGAGCUAGGAUUGUUUUUCUAAUUGGUAUUAAUCUCUGAGAAUAAACUGAGCCUUAUUUUCCUCUAUGGACAGGAGAGGACAAGAGGUCCUCCAUAAUAUAUGUCAGUAGAGCUGAGACUUAGUCCUCAUGUUUAUGGAAUGUAGAGCAGUGCAAACUAGACUGUUGUUCUUCCCCCAUGAAGAGGGAAAAUGAAGAGAUUUUACUGUCUCACAAAGACCAGAUCAUAUACUGUGCUUUUUCACAGUGAUGGGGUACUGCUUUGCAAGCCUUCCUUAGACUAGAGGUUCUUGCUCUUGUAAACUGCUUCUCCCAGUGUGUAACUUUGCACUGCAUAGCAUGCCUUCAAGGUUUUAUGAGGAAGCAAUAAGACCCAUGUCUAAGAACAGAAGAGCGAGGAUGUACAGGAUUGAAUCAUAUUUUAUCCUGCAAAUAGUGCUGCCAAGUAACAUCCCAUAGAACAGGACAGGACUUCAAGUGCCUCAUCUAAAGGUUGGGUCCUCUGUAUCUUACAGUCUUUGUACAGUCAGCAUCUUAUAGUCUUCAUUUUAGAGCUAAGGUUCAUUCUUAACAGUAUUUAUGUUUAAAUGAGUAGCAUUUAUUUCAAACUGGGGUUUGGUGCAAGCAGCAGCUGUAGAACCUAAUUAGGAUUUACUCAUAUUGCAUAUGAUAGGUUCUUGGUUUUCUUUAGAAAAUGUUUGCUUUGUUUUGUUUUGUUUUGUUUUUUAACAAAAAGUUUUAAAAAACAAUUUUAGAACAGUGUCCUAAAAUUUUCUAAACAUACCAUAUUUUAGAGUAUGUUUAAUCUUAAAUUUAAUAUAUGAUAUACUAAGGAAUUAGAGCUCAGAAAGAAAAAAAUCUUCUCUCGUCUGAUUUUUCUCAUAUCACUUAUGUGACAUGCUAUUUGAAAGCAAAUUUUGUAAAAAAAUUUCAGUGUUAAAAGUAUGUAUGAUCUGCAUAAAGUAUUGUAGAUAUACUGUGAUUAUGUGUUGAAUUAGCUCCAAUAACUGCAUAUCAGUUAUUUAUUAAAUGACUAUCAGCUGACUAACCUUUGACAAUUGCAUACUUUCACUGUGCAUGCACACUAAUUUAUAGUGCAACUUGGAAAUUUCACAUAUCAGAAAAAUACAGUGAUUAGUAAAGUGGUUUUAAUUCAGUGCUUUAAAAACUUUAAUUUCAAAUCUUUUUGAGAAUAGGAAAUAGCAAUAUGGAUGAUUAAGUUUCAAAGUCUGUUUCUAGGUGCUCCAGUUUCCUGUACAAGGAAAAAUACAGAAAUUUUCUGGUCAAUAACUGGAAAACUUAAUUUGGAGGAUAAUUUAGUCAUAUUGCCCAAUAUUUUCUUGACAUUGCCUCAGAUUUGACUGUUCACUAAGAAGAUUAACAUGUUAACAGGGGAUUUCCCAUAAUUACAAGAACAAUUUUGCCUUGUCCUCUCUAAAACACAUGUAUGCAAAUUUUGGAGGUUUUUUUGUACAUCUCACACUUCUGAAAAUUUUUCUGAAAGGUAAGUGUGCAAAGUUUCAGUAGCAAUGUAAGAAUGCAUUGAAUUUUAAGCUAAUUCAAGCUACAUAAAAUUCGAUAAGCAGAAUCUAUCUUAGCUCAGUUCUUAUAUAAGUUGCCAUUAUUGCAUAAGAACCAGAUACAGUGAAUUACAACAGACAAGAACCUGCUGCAGUAAUGAUUAUAUGAAUAAAUAAGGAAGUAAAGCCCAGAAUAUAUUGUUUAGUUACUUCCUCUUCAAACCAUGCAUAAUAUAUGGUUGUCUGCAGAGCCGGCUAGAUGCCUUAAUUGAGCCACUUUCAAUUGAGCAAAUACUUGUCUGUCUGAAUUCAAAAUGUUUUAGUAUAUUUUCCUGAAAUCUUAUUGUGUAAAAAAAAAAAAAAAAAGAAUAAUGUUGGAUUGUUCUGUUUAAGUAGCAUUUCUGAACUGUAAUGUUAAAGUCACGUAAGUUUUUAGUACAGACUAUUAUGUUUUACAAACAGAAAUGUGCAUGUAUACAACCUUAUUUACAUUGUAUAUAAAAAAUAGAAAUAAAACAAAUAAAACACCCAAAUAUCUCAAAUAUUUAUUUAAAAAAUUUAUUUAAAAAAUUAUUUGAAA